GCAUGAACUGUACAACAUUUCUCCUUCUCAGGUGGUGCCUCGCGCAUUCACACCAUCUGCCAGCAAAGACCUCGGGUCCUCUCCUUUGACAGCGCCGAUUUCGCCGUUGUCCUGGUCAGGGUGGGUGAUUUGAAGUGAGAGGUCUUGUCGCCCGCAGUGGUGUUCAUUGUUCCCCGCUUGCAUCUGAGGUAUCCCUAAUCGAGAUCAAGCACUCUCCGAGUUUCGAGUUCAAUAUCUCCGAUUUGCUCCAGUCCUACGGAGCACAUUCGCAUAUCCUUAUCAAGAUGGCAGAAAUUGGUGACAGUCACAAACGCUCCAAGUCGUCAGCUCUUGCCAAGCUACGGCGAGGCAAAGAAGGGAAGGAGGAAGAGGACUCAUCAAAUGAGGGCUCGUCUACAAGCCUUCCAAUCGCGACUGCAUCUCAAGCUUCGAUUGCGCAUCACGCAUCGAGAGGGCACGCAUCCAAACCUUCCACUGGCACUGCUGGAUUGAUGAGAUCAAGUUCAAGUCUACAAACACCUUCGCGAACGAUGGCAGCUCCUCCCCCUCCACAAGAUAAGACGGUCUCCAUCGAGGCAUCUGUGAAAAAGUUCCGCAUAUUCGAAGCGUUGAGAAGCGGUGAUACUGCAUCCAUCUCGAAGGCGAUACGUGAGUCCGAUGGAAGUCGAGUGAGCACCUCGAGUGCAACUGGGUCGUCGACUGGUCUUGAAGAUACAAGCAUACUUCAUUUGGCGAUACAGUGCUCUGAGUUGCCAGUUGUUGAGUAUGUGUUGUCAGAUGGAGCUGGAACAAUUGAUGUAAAUGCGAGAGAUAAGGAAGGGAAUACUGCAUUACAUCUUGCAGCACAACAAGGACGAGGGCAGAUUGUGCGACUGCUAUUGGAACAACCAGGCAUCAAUGAUUCCAUUGCCAAUUAUCAAGGUCGUCUCCCACUUGAUCUGGCGCGGACUCCAGAUAUCUUCCAGCAACUACAGCUUUCGAGAUCCAUCUUCGUCGAUGGUAAGAUCAGGCAAGUUCAAGCUUUGGUUGCGCAAGGCGAUUACAAGGCAUUGAGUGAAGUGCUGGAAGAACCGAGAGUGAAGAUGGUUCUGGAUAUUAAUGGCGGAGAAUUUGCGUCCGAUCCCACUGUCGUGCAAGCUGGGGGUACUUUGUUACACGAGGCUGCAAGGAAGAAGAAUACUGCGCUCAUACAGGUGUUACUCCUCCAUGGUGCGGAUCCAUUUCGACGAGAUCGAAGAGGCAAGCUUCCUCAAGAUGUUACGAAGGACGACAAUACGCGUGCCAUGCUCAAACGAUCACCAGCAGCUGUUGCUGCCCAACGGGGCAUCCAAGAAAAGGCUGUGUUGGGGAAUGCGCAACAGCAAGGCGCCCUUAAUUCCACCCCUGGGGAUGCACUCGCUGGUAAGGAAGGCCGUGAGAUGAAGGGUUAUCUCAAAAAGUGGACCAAUUAUCGGAAAGGAUAUCAAUUACGAUGGUUCGUGUUGGAGGAUGGGGUCAUGAGUUAUUACAAGCACCAAGACGACGCUGGGUCUGCAUGUCGAGGUGCAAUCAACAUGAAAAUAGCGAAGCUCAAUAUGGACCCGACGGAAAAGACUAAGUUCGAUAUUAUUGGCAAGUCCUCUGUCAAGUAUCAUUUAAAAGCAAACCAUGAAGUAGAAGCGAAGAGAUGGUUUUGGGCUCUCAACAAUUCCAUACAGUGGACGAAAGACCAGGCCAAGGAAGAGGACAGGCAGAGGCAGAAGAGUGCUGAGCUUCUCCGACAAGCUAAAGCUGAACACGGUGCUGCUCCUCCGAGAGAAUCAAACGCAGAACUCGGCAGCGAAACCGCAAGUAUGGUUGACACUCGACGAAAUAGUACCCAAACUACCAGAUUGCAUCCAGUUCCAAGCACCGGAAAGCUCGCUAGCCAGAAAGUCGCAUUCGCCAGCGGAAGCGCGGCCGACGACGAUGAAGGCACAGCAUACGGAUCCUAUGAGCCAAGCUUCAUGGGAGAUGUUACGAAAGUCAACAGUAAUGUGGGUCCUCUUCCUGAUGGCGAUGGUGACGACGACGACGAGUAUGGAGACGGCUCCAGCGAUCGUGAAGCCCCUGCAAGCAAGGAUGCUUUCGACAUCACUGCUCAAUCAGCGAAGUUACAACUUGAGAUGAUGGGGCAAGUCAACGCCGCUUUGCAAGCGGAGCAAACAAAGAACCCAUCCCUUUAUAUCUCGGACCCUAUCGCCUUGCAGGCUGUCCAGACAUAUGAUUCCUCAAUACGGAAUCUCAAGGGUCUGAUUGGCGAUCUGCUGAAAAUAUCGAAAGACAGAGAUGCCUAUUGGCAGUAUCGAUUGGAUCGUGAAGCUGAUAUGAGAAGAAUGUGGGAAGAUAGCAUGGCACAGGUCGCACGUGAGCAAGAAGUUCUAGAAGCCAAAGUGGGAGAGGCCGAAGAGAAGCGCAAGCUGACGAAGCGUGCCCUACGUGAGGUUAUCGAGGGUAGUAUUGCUGUUAGUAGCCGGCCAGAAAGCAGGGGUGAGCUGUCAUCGAAGGCCGAAGAAUUCAAAGACGCGCUGGAUCAGGUGAUCGUUGGCUCCGACGGUACAGCGUUACGAAGGAAAUCUACAGCUAAGAGCUCACUUCGGCGCAAAUCAAUACUCGCAGAAGUUGGUCCUCUAUCAGACUCUGAAUCCGAAGAUGAGGACGAAUUCUUUGACGCAGUGGACGCUGGCGAGGUUGAGGUAGCCCCUGCUAUGCCUCCUUUAAGCGCGCCAUUCCACGAUGACAAGAAGAAAGCACCAGCUGAAAUUGAUGGAUUUGACCUAAGCCCAUCGUUCAGAGGUUAUGAAGACGGGAUUCGCAAGCGCUUGAAAAUGGACGCUGAUGACAGGCCAAAGAUCUCUCUCUGGAGCAUUCUCAAAUCAAUGAUUGGAAAAGAUAUGACUAAAAUGACCUUACCUGUAUCUUUCAAUGAGCCGACAUCUCUUCUGCAACGAUGUGCUGAGGAUAUGGAGUAUGCCGACCUUCUCGACAUUGCAGCCGACAGAACUGAUCCCACGGAGCGUAUGGUUUAUGUGGCGGCUUUCGCUGCCAGCGAAUAUGCCUCCACAAUCGGGAGAGUUGCAAAGCCCUUCAAUCCUUUGUUGGGCGAAACAUUUGAAUAUGUUCGACCUGACAAAAAUUAUCGAUUCUUCAUUGAACAAGUCAGCCAUCAUCCUCCGAUUGGCGCAGCGUGGGCCGAGAGUCCCAAAUGGACUUACUAUGGAGAAUCAGCUGUCAAGUCCAAGUUCUAUGGAAAGUCAUUUGACAUCAAUCCUCUAGGUACUUGGUUCUUGAAGUUACGGUUUGCUGGUGGCAAGGAAGAACUUUACACUUGGAAGAAAGUUACAUCUUCGGUCAUCGGCAUCAUUACUGGAUCUCCGACUGUCGACAAUUAUGGACCUAUGGAAGUCAAGAAUUGGACCACUGGCGAAUAUUGCAUUCUGGAUUUUAAACCUCGUGGUUGGAAAGCUUCAAGCGCAUAUCAAAUCGCUGGAAAGGUCAAUGACGCUCAAGGCCAGACCCGUUUCUCAAUGGGUGGAAGGUGGAAUAAUAAGAUAUAUGCUAGACUGACACCCGGAUAUGAGGCUGCUAUCGAAGAACCCAAAGGACCUUCACAUCACCGAGGUAGCGUGAGCGAUCCACAUCAGGCAUUUGUUGUUUGGGAAGCCAACGCCCGCCCGAGCGGGAUACCGUUCAACCUCACACCAUUUGUCGUCACAUUGAAUGAUAUCAACGAGAAACUCGAGCCGUGGCUUGCUCCAACAGACACUCGCUUGAGACCAGAUCAACGGGCUAUGGAAGACGGACGAUAUGACUUUGCUGCAUCUGAGAAGAACAGAGUUGAGGAGAAGCAAAGAGCCAAGAGACGAGAGCGUGAAGCAAAUGGCGAAGAAUUUGUUCCCCAUUGGUUCAGCAAAACGAAGUGCCCGAUCACGGGAGAAGGCUUCUGGCAAUUCAACGGUAAAUAUUGGAAAGAGAGAGAGAAGGCAUUGACAGGCGAGGCUUGGAAACAAGUAGAGGAGAUUUUCUAGAUGAAGUCCUGUAUACAAUGCACAUAGGAUAAGGAUUGAUUCUGUAGCGAUGCGCUCCUGUACAACGUUCUAAUAGAUAGGUAUUAUUACAAUCAAGCAAGUUGGACUUUGAAU